GCGUACCCACGAACUGUUCGAUCGGGCCGGAAAUACCCUACACUAAACAGUCAUAUCCAUACCGGUGACCAAGCAGCGUCUAACAGUGAGCUCUGUCGGCAGAGUGCAGCAGGAUCGUCAGUGUUAGCGAUUUGAUCUUCAUAGUAGUAGAGCAAGUUGCUCCAAAUUUUGUGCCGUUGAAUUAUAGUUAGCGUCUGGACGGAAGUGAAAAACAUGUUCCUUAACCAGCAGUUGGUUGGUAGCCACAAGGUGUUGGUGUCAUCGGCGUUGGCAUUGUGGCUGCUAGUCUGCAUUCCCGGCAGGGUGGAAUGUGCUGCACUCGGCAGUUCGCUGCCAGUGUCUCCUUGUCCGAACCUUUUCAAGUAUGCCACCGACAGUGUAAAGCAACAGAUUUAUGGCAUCGUUGACACUCGGCAGCAACAGGUGGAUAAGUCUGGCACGCUAGAGCUACAUCUGUCCAUUGCUGGCGAGCUGCUUUCGAAGUACGUCGGAUCGAUCGAGGCGAUCGAAGAUAAUGUACAGAUACUGGAGCAGUUCAACAAGGGACGGGGCGUAACGUAUCGCGUCAACUUCCCGAUUCAGGAGCCCCUGCCCAAGCUAACGAAAGUCAUCUUCAACGGACGCGAACUGUGCGCUGGUCCCGGUGACCGUGGAUCCUUCGUCAGUUCGGUCACGUUGCGGCACUUUUUGCGAUCGGACACGUGCACGGAUAAGUGCGAUCGCGCCCCACUGAUACCGCCAAAGGUGCCACCGCAGCUAACACUGACACCGGUCGCCCCGAAACCGGUGGCCGUUAGGCCCCAGACGUCCAUCGUUCCGCCGGCGCCCUCGCCGAUCACCAAGACUGCCCUUCCAGGAGAGACCGGAGUGGAGGCGCCCGUGGGUGCACCAGCGGUCCAGCAUGAGUACCAGCGGACGAUCGAACGCAAGGAGGAAACGAACAACCCGCAGGACAACAGCACCUCGGUGAAGUACAUCCGGGAGGAGAUUACCUAUCGCAAGCAGGUCAUCACACCGGGCGGUUCCAGUAACUUGCAGUCGGACGAGCUGCAGCUACCCUCGUUCGUGAGCGGAAACCUGGGGUCGUAGUGUGCCGUCAUCAUAGCUGAUCGUGGCCUGGCACGAUCAUCUCCUUAACGGGUAGCACACGACCAACCGACCGACCGACCGAUCGACCAAGUGACGGCCAGUUCCCUGACCUCCCGCCCCACACUCGGGCUGUUCCUUUCUGCUUCUCCAGCGCUCCCCGGCCGAUAAUUUCUGUUCGCACUAACAGCAUUUUUGAAUAAAGAUUCCAAUUUUUUUU